AUAUGCAUGUGAUUGGUCACAUGAUUUUUAUAUUUAAAGACAGAUGUUCCAAAGCAGUGAGUUCACUUGAGAUUUGGCUGGGCUACGACCGUUUUGUGCAGGAUGUUGCGUUUUCUGACAUUGUGUUGCAUAAUCUUGGUUGUGACUGAUGCCAUGAUUCUACCUCGUUUUGAACCUUUAUCGCCUGAUCUCAUUAACUACAUCAACAAACUCAACACUACAUGGAAGGCUGGACAGAAUUUCCAAAAUGCUGACAUAAAUUACGUAAAAAAAUUAUGCGGAACUUUCCUUGAUGGACCGAAGCUGCCUAUUAUGGUGGAGUUUGCUGGAAAGAUUGAGCUGCCUGAUAAUUUUGACUCUAGAGAACAAUGGCCAAACUGCCCAACAAUCAAGGAAAUCAGAGAUCAAGGCUCUUGUGGUUCUUGCUGGGCAUUUGGUGCCACUGAGGCAAUGUCUGAUAGGAUCUGCGUUCAUUCAAAUGGGAAAGUCAGUGUUGAAGUCUCUGCAGAAGACCUGCUUUCUUGCUGUGGAUUGGAAUGUGGAAUGGGUUGCAAUGGAGGCUACCCCUCUGGUGCCUGGCAGUACUGGACAGAGAAGGGUUUGGUUUCUGGUGGACUGUAUGACUCGCAUGUGGGCUGCCGUCCAUACAGCAUUCCUCCCUGUGAGCACCAUGUGAAUGGCUCCAGACCUCCAUGCACAGGAGAGGGUGGAAAUACUCCUAAAUGUCAGAAAAAGUGCGAAGAUGGCUACACUCCCUCUUACAAAAUAGAUAAACACUAUGGAAGUCAGUCUUACAAUGUGCCAGCAGAUGAGAGUCAAAUUAUGACAGAAAUAUAUAAAAAUGGACCCGUGGAAGGUGCCUUCACAGUUUAUGAAGAUUUUCUAAUGUACAAAACAGGGGUAUACAAGCAUGUGAGUGGUCAGGCUGUUGGAGGUCACGCCAUUAAGAUCCUUGGUUGGGGAGUUGAUAAUGGCACUCCAUACUGGCUUGCAGCGAACUCAUGGAAUACUGAUUGGGGUGAUAAUGGCUUUUUCAAAAUUCUGCGUGGAGAAGAUCACUGUGGAAUUGAAUCGAUGAUCGUGGCUGGGAUCCCAAAAGAUACAUCUUCUGCUAAUCUGCUUUAAGUUCAAUGGAAUGAAUUUGAAGCAUAUUGGCUUUUCCCUUUUUAUUUUCCUUCUGUGCAAGUCCCGACGGGCACCAAGUGCCAGGGGAUGGAAUGAUGUAGACAUCUUCUUAGUAUCCAGCUGUCUGCUCUCUUAUUUAAAAUGCUGUAACACUGAGCACACAUUUAGCUGCAUUCUCCUCAACUCUGGGAGUAACAGCAGAUGUAAACUAUUGAGAUCCUUUUUAUCAUCUGCAUUUCAAAUUCUGAGAGCUGGGAAAAAUGAAUUUGACACACCAAUCGUUUUAUGAUCUUAUCAAAUUUGAAUGCUUUUUGAACACCUAAAUGGAUAAUGAUAUGCACUCAUUUACUGCACAAAAUGUUUUCUUCUGCUGGUCAGUAGAUAGAUUAACAGUUAUCUGAAUGUUUUUAAAGACUGAAUAAGAUUUUAUUUCAACAAAUAGUAUACUUACUCCUUUUUUUAUAAUUCUUUUAGUGAGGCACAUUGAAUUGUGGUACUUUGUGCCAUAGCUUCACGUAACUUGUAGUCCAUGAAGUCAAUAUUUCAAUACCGUUUUAAAGCAUUUCAAAAAUGUCAUGGUUUUAGGAGAAUUUUAUUUAAAUGAUUAUUUUAAAUAAAGACUGACAAAUUGCACUGAAUCUAGUGCGCAUUUGAGAUUUCUCUAUUUCUUCCACACUAAACAAUGAGGCACACCAUUGACAGCACAAGUGGAAAAUACGGGGAGCACAUGUAAAGCAAAAAAUAAGAAUUGCCUGUUAGUAUAACGGGUAAUGGGAAUCGGCAACAAGCUACUGAUGUUUUCAUGGAUGCAUAUCCUUCAAAAAAGAGUGAGAAAAGUUAAUAUUAGCUAACCAAAGAACUUAGAUUUAAUGCAGUGGCCUUCUUUAGUCUGGAAAUGUGUCAUAGUUGUAGUUUACACUUUCCUACCACAUUUUUAUUUCAAGUGGAUUUUAAGUUAUGGUUUGACACAAUAGAACAAACAAAACAUAUUAUUAAACAUAAUAAUUGUACACUCAAACUUUUUUGGCUUUACCAGGAUAAAUUACUCUAUGUUUGGAUACAUAAAGAAAAAAGUUACUAUUAAGUAUAAAGUGCAAUUAAUACAUUUCCUUAAGAAUCAAGUUGAGAAUGUGCUUAUUUGAAAAUGUUGUGUGGAUGUUUGGAUGUUUUCUUUUAAUAUGUUGGGACGUGGCUAAUAUUUUUUUAAAUGAAAAUACAAUCUUAACAGUAUGAGUAUCACAUACAAAGAGAUUAAUUGUCAUUUUAAAUUUUUAAUAAUUUUUUUUUCUAAAUGUAUGAACUAUGAGUUAACUGAUAUUGUUUCUUUUUUAUUUAAAUAAAGCCAAUAAAAGUUUCAUGAAA